AUGGCAACGCAACAGAUAAGCUCGGCGACACCCAUUCCUGCGGCCGACGACGCCGCGUCUCGUCGCGCGAAGAAGAGGGAACUGGACCGACGUGCACAGCGAGCUGCCCGGGAACGGAACAAAAAUCGCAUCGCUUACCUAGAAGCGACUAUCCAGGCUAUGAGCGAGCAAGAGCAGAACGCAAAGAUAGCCAGCUUGAUGAACCAGCUGUCUGACAUGACGAGGCAAAGAGACACCCUGUCGAAAACACUCUCUUCGCUUGAGACAACGAUCCAAGUCCAUCGAGAAGGCGAACGUGCCGAUACUUUCCAGGACCGAGGAUCACAACCUGGGGAUACGGCUUCCAACUGUCAGCCCUGGCCCGGCGCUCAUGAGAGUUCAAAUGCCUUCGACAUUGAGGUUGAAGAUAUGCCCUUAGACGUCUUCACCCCUGGCAUCUCCGCCAUAACUUGGGGACUCCCAGUAUCUGACGUAGCCUGCCAUACUCUUGCGACAGAGACGGAAGUGGCCAACAGAGUUCCCGCUUCAUCUACCCUCACCCUGGCAGGGAACCCUAAUCUGGAAUGUCUACCCGACUCCCCUCCGCCUCGACAUCAAGGCGAUGGUGUGAUCGUGCCGGAGCCAGAUAGUGCCUGUGAGUGUUUAGGGUCAAGGCAAGAUCCCCAAAGCCCGGGUUCAUCGACAACAAGUCUAUGGAGAUCAGCAAACGAAGCUCUUGGUGCCAGCGAAAUGCUUUCCAGGAAUGUUCUGAAUAUGGAAGACGAGAUGAGCGACGACAUUCCGGUCCGUGUCAUCUUAGAAGGAUGGGAUGCCGUCGAAAGAUCAGGGAAACUACCGCCCCUGUGGAAAAGGCUGCGCCAGACCGAUACGCUCCAGUUCAGAAACUGCCCGGAUACCGAACGGCUUGCUAUCCUGAGACUCAUGCACCGCCUCCUCCGGUACCAAGCCGAGCCCACAGUCGAACAAUGCGCCAAGUUACCAGCAUGGUAUCUCAGCAGGUAA